AUGUCACCCCAUUGUGUCACCCCGCACCCCAUUGUGUUACCCCAUUGUUUGUCACCCUGCUGUGUCCCCCCAUUGUGUCACCCCAUUAUGUGUCACCCUGUUGUGCUCCUGGGUGUCUUCUUCCAGGCACACUCGGCCGUGCUCAUCGAGGACGUCCCCUUCACCGACGACGACUUCAGCGA